AAAAAAAUAAGUAAAAGCGAAUAACGAAUAACAAGUACCGUGUACUGAGCGUACUGAGAGUAAGGAGAUAUCCGCACAUCAGCGUUUAAAGAGUACCUAGUUGAUCCUUAUCUAUAGCCACACUCAAUUAAUUGCAGCUGAAUGCACGACUCCUUGCAAAAAGAAGGAUCGUGAAUAAAGAAUAUAUAGAGUAAAAGCGUCAGGCAUAUUUCGAGUGCGAUCGAUAGCAAGGACCAAGGACCUCAUCCGCAUAGCCCAUCAUACUUCUCUAUCUCUCAGAUGCCCGUUUGAGGAACAACCCCGAUAAGGCAUUGCAUCGCAUCGCAUCGCAUCGCAUCGCAUUCAUUGGACAAGGACGUGGACAAGGACGAGGACGAGUACUUGGACCAGGGACAAGGACGAGUAGGAAAACUAAACUAACUCUCGCCCGCACCAAUAAAAAACCAAAAAGAAAACUGAGAAUAACCAAAAGCCAAAUAAUAUCAAGCUAAACAGACGCCUCAUUACCAAACAUCGAACUGUCGUUUAACCAAAAAAUAAAAACACGAAUCGAAUCGAACUCCAAAUCAAUUCAAUUCAAAGGCAACUCAACUCCAACGAGACAGAACAGUAAACUGUAACAGAAAUCCAAAGCAAAAAGCAUAAGCAAAAAGCAUAAGCAUAAGCAUAAGCAUAAGCAUAAGCAUAAGCUAUAGCUUCAGCUAAAGCAAAUCUUCAGUCAAAGUCGAUAACCAAAACCAGCAACAUUCACUUAAAAAUGGCCGAAGACGCUACCAUGGAGACAUGUCCAAGUCCUGAGAUCGGCGACUCACGCAAACGGCCACUCGAUUCCGAUCCGGAAAAUGAACAAACUAAACGCUCACAUUUCAGUUCCGGUGAGUCAGUUUGUUCUGGAAUUGAGGUUGAAAUUGAAAAUAAUAACAAUAAUCAUAUUCAUCAUGGCGAGACAACGUAUCACAUGAAAAUCCUUGUGCCUGCGGUGGCCUCCGGGGCCAUCAUUGGCAAAGGUGGCGAGACUAUCGCCUCUCUCCAGAAGGACACCGGUGCUAGGGUCAAGAUGUCCAAGUCCCAUGACUUUUAUCCAGGCACCACUGAACGCGUGUGCCUAAUCACCGGCUCUACGGAGGCCAUCAUGGUCGUUCUGGAGUUCAUUAUGGAUAAGAUCCGUGAGAAGCCUGACCUAACCACAAAGAUCAUUGAUGCCGAGUCCAAACAGACCCAGGAGCGGGACAAGCAGGUCAAGAUCCUGGUGCCCAACUCCACGGCUGGCAUGAUCAUCGGCAAGGGUGGCGCCUUCAUAAAACAGAUCAAGGAGGAGAGCGGCUCCUAUGUCCAGAUCUCGCAGAAGCCCAAGGAUGUCUCGCUCCAGGAGCGUUGCAUCACCAUCAUUGGCGACAAGGAGAAUAACAAGAACGCCUGCAAGAUGAUUCUCUCGAAGAUCGUCGAGGAUCCUCAGUCGGGCACUUGCCUGAAUGUCUCCUAUGCUGAUGUCAGCGGCCCGGUGGCCAACUUUAAUCCGACCGGCUCUCCAUAUGCCACCAAUCAGAACGCCAUUAACUCGAGCACCGCCUCGUUGAACUCCACGCUGGGCACCACGAUCGGUGGCGCUAGCUCCGCGGCCAGCCUGCUAGUCAAUGGCACCGGCAUUAAUUUGUCUAUUAAUCUGGGAUCACCCAAUCCGGCGCCCAAUCUAGCUGUUGCCACUCAGCUUUUGGAGCAUAUUAAGGUUGCCAUGCGCGGCUCUGGUUACUCGGAGAACGUGACUACGGAUGUCUGCAAUGCUUUGGGUGUGCUGGCCAAGUACGGUGUUCUUGGUAUGGGUGUGGGCGUGCCUCAUACCAAUGGCGCCCACUCCACGCUGAGCAAUUUCCUUGGCGUCACGACGCUGGACCAGCAAACAGCGGCCGCCGCAUCCGCGGCCACCGCCAGCAAUGUGUUCGGUGCCGUUGGCCAGGUGAAUCUGGAGCAGUAUGCAGCUGCAGCGGCCGCUGCCGCCGCCGCGAGCCGGCCAACGCAGUCACAACUGGACGCUGCUGCGGUGCAAUUCGAUCCAUUCCGACACCUGGGCUCGGCCACGGCGCCGGCCACCACGCCCGUAUCCCUGAAUAACAACAGUUUCGGGCUGACGGCUGCCACGGGCACGGCGACCACGGCGCAAUUGGGUGGACUCAGCAAGAGUCCCACACCGGGUGACCUAAGCUCCAAGGACUCCAAGAACGUUGAGGUGCCGGAAGUGAUUAUCGGCGCUAUUCUAGGUCCGAACGGUCGUAGUUUAGUUGAAAUCCAACAUGUUUCUGGCGCAAAUGUGCAAAUUUCCAAAAAGGGCAUAUUCGCACCUGGCACUAGAAAUCGCAUUGUUACCAUAACUGGUCAGCCGAGUGCCAUUGCCAAAGCGCAAUAUCUAAUUGAACAGAAAAUCAACGACGAGGAGACAAAGAGGGCGCGACAAAUUCCAUUAACCACUGUUGUGAAUUAAUAAUAUAUCCAGCAAACUAAAACAGAACAACAAACAAACAAA